AUGUUCCACUAGAUCCUUGGUUAGGCCAAGAAGCAUACAAGCUUGAUUUCUUUCUUCGUAUUUAUUGGAGCCGGAGGUACUGGAGCAGCACUGUAUAUCUUGUAUCUGGCAUUGCUCAGUCAUUUGGAACAGAAAGAAUAUCCCAGAACCCAGAAGAAAUUGAAUCCCAGUGAUCAAUAUAUAUUCUACUCAGUGAAUGUGGAUUACAGCAAACUGAAGAAAGAAGGUCCAGACUUCUAA